UUUUCGUAUUGCCAACGGCGCACCUGCGAGUGUCACGCCUUUUGAUUUGAGGAGUCAGGGUUGCGGCUGUCCACAUUGAGGCCGACACAAGUGUGGAGUGUGGGAAGGGAAAGGACACACCUCACACACGCACGCACACACACACACACACACUGACAUACAUCAAUUACCACGUCAGAGAGGAACACCAUUCAGCAAGCCGACACAUACACACAAAUAGGAUUGAUUCGGUUGUGUGGUGGCGGCUGUGCUUUGGCGCAUGCGCAUUCAUUAUUGGUUCGCAAGCAAGCAAGCGACUGGGGUGACAGUGCGUGUGGUGUGUGAAGGCAUUUCGCUGAGCGCGUGAGUGAGUGAGUGAGUGAGUGAGUGAGUGAGUGAUAUACAACAGCCCAAGCCUGCCCCCUCGUUAUUCGUGGCCACCAUGGACUUGGGACCGCGUGAGCAGGGUCCCGAGACGCCGCCGCGCGAUCGUCGUCCGACGCAGGAUCAUCUAGCACACACGCCAUUGGACCAACUCUCCGAUGAGCUGCACGCCCGUGGCCUGGACGCCUUGACGAGCCCGCCAGUGCGAAGGCGACGAUUUACAGACCAGUACCUGAAACCAUCCAGCAGUGAGGGGUGCCUGACCUCCCUUCGCGAGGCAGCCGAGGCAGAACCGGCAGAGGGCACACAAAAGGCGGCAGAGGAGGGGUUGGCGCCAAGGCUAACCCGCCCAGCGCGCACGCUCUUCUUCCGCAUGAAGGACAUCAUUGGCGAACUGACCAAGCCCGUGCGCAUCCGCGACACGAACCUGAAACUGGAGCGCGACGCAAACGACGCAAACAACUCCAUCAUCUCCUACAUCGAUGAUGCCGGCAACCAGGGGAGCUGCCACGUUUGCGACGUCGUCUGCAUUCGGAUGGACAUCUACUCGGAGGCGACGCGCAAGGACAUAUUGGGGCAGGCGAUGAUUGUGAAGAAGACGUCUGGUCUGAAGCACAGCGAGUGGCUGGAUUGGCUUCGCUCGGUGAUGUUGCUCAUGCUGCUGGCGCGCUUCUUCAACCACUGCUUGGGCCCCGCCAGCGCCGUGCUGGUGACGCUGGUGAUGGUCGUCAGUCGCAUGCUCAGCCUGCACCGCCUCCUCCACAGCGAAGUCAACACGUUCUUCAGCCACUACGAGCCCGUCCUGUUUGGGCUCUCCGCCCUGGACUUUGUCAACAUGGUGCUGUGCAAGAUCAAGUUUGGGUGGACCUUGCACAUCCUCAUCCUCUUUCUCCUCGUGUUUGCCGCCUUUAUGGAAUGGCAGCGCUUCAUGCGCAUUUUGAGCCUGCCUGAACGCGUUCGACUCGCGGAGCCCUCCUACCCAAUCAUCAUCACGCUCGAGGCAUCCACGUUUAUCAAGACGCGCGCCGACUUUCUCACCGUCUGCCGCGACCGUAUCGCCUACGUGGAGGUGUUCCCCUACUGGGUGGAGGUGGUGCUGAGCGUCGCGUGGCACCCGGAGCUGUACAACAGCGUCACCGUGCGCAGAUACAUUGCGUACUUUAUGACGUUUGCCAUGCCCAUCAUCAACCUGUUUUACGUGUCGAGCCUGUUUCUCCCGAUCAUCACCAGCAUCUCGCACGACCUGCUCAGUCGCGCGCGCCGCGACCUUGCCCUCCGCUUUCUCUCCUCUGCCGGCCGCUUCCUCUUCUCCUUCCUCCCAACGCCAGGCCUUCCUCUCGUGAUUGAGAAUGGGCUGCGGGCGAUGUACCGGCUGGUGUCCUCAUCGCUCUCCGCGCUGUCCUGGUUCAGCUCCUAUCUCUCGCCGUUCGAUGCACUGUUGACGCAAAUCCGCAUUCGCUUCUCCUUCCUAUGGAACCUCACCCUAUCCGACUCCCUCAAGAACGGCCUGUACCUCCUCCUGUCCACAUUCAACACGUGCCUGCAGGCAUUUAUUCCGCUGCUGCGCGUGCUCAACAGCAUCUACGCCCUUGUGAAGCGUCCGCUUGACGCCGUUCGCUCGUUCAUGCGCACGCUGGCGGUGAAACCCGUGUCGGAGAUCAAGGCGAUGGUGUUCAGGGCCUGGCUGAUGCUGCUUGGGCGGCAGCGGGGCGGAAAGCCCGCCGAGGAGUACGUUGUGGGGCGCAGGGGCGAUGCACAGGAAAAUGCGACACCAGCGACACCAACAGCAGCAGCAACGAUGGCAACGACGGGCGAUGAAAUGGUGACUAUGGGGACAGUUUCCCCAGCACACGAGGAAAGCGCGAGUGACACUGCUGGUGGUGCUGGGAAGAAUAUUACAAGCACGGAUGCAGCAGCUGGAGACGUGUUGGGAAAGAGCACAUCGCCCUUGGCAGCCUCCACGAAGUCCAGCGCAUCCGAGAUAUCGCCUCGACAGCCCUCCUCCACAUUGGCAUCAUCAUCAUCAUCGUCGUCGUCGUCGUCGUCAUCAUCAUCAUCAGAUGCUGCCGCAGCUGCCUCUGCAUCAGCAAUCACCAUCGUGACGCCGCCGCACAGCGCACGCCAGGGCGACAGCCCGGGUCAAGGCGAGCGUGUGAGUGGUGGCGGCGGUGUUGUGCGGUCACAGUCGCUCAGGGCGGGAUCAACGCUGCGGCAGCGGCGGGCGCACAUGCGAACAGGGGAAGUGGGUGCACCGCUGCUGCUGACGAGCGCCCCUGCAACGCUCACCGUCGGUGUGGCGAAGCAUGGAGGCAUGGAUGGACAGGGUGUCGACGUGCAUCAACGACAACGACAACAACAGCAACGAUCACAACAGCAACAGCAACAGGCGUGUGGUGAGGACGAUGCUGGUGGCUUGACAGCAACAGGAGAGCCUGGUGCAUGUCACUGCUUGAAUGACACCUGUGAUGACGACUGCGACUGCAAUUGCUCUUCAUUGUCCAUACCACAGCAGCGGCAGCAACGCCCCAUACGCGUGGUGCACAACAGGCGAAGCCACCUCGACCGAACCCAGGACCUUGUCAACAAUUAUGAUGACGAUGAUGCGUUGGGUCGCCCCGCUGUCCGCAGCGCACCGCCUGUGCUCCCGCCGCACACACCCGCACCGUCCUUCUCGGACGCCUUUGAUGCCAUUGCGGAAGACACCGCUGGUGGUGACGGCGAUAGCAGUCGUGGUGAAGGUGGUGACAAUGAGAGUGGCAAGCAAGUCGGUGGUGGUGGUAGUGGUAACGAUCUUGAUGGUGGUGGUAAUGGCAUCGAUAACCAGAGAUAGCAGUCCCUCUGUGUGUGUGUGUGUGUGUGUGUGUGUGUGUGUGUGUGUGUGUGUGUGUGUGUGUGAUGUUGCCUGUCCCGUCACAACUCUGUUCAUUUUCAUUGAUCCCUUGCUAACAAGUCAUGUGAUUGCGGUCCAGCGCGUGUAUAAACAAACCAAUCCAUUGAGCUACUUGCCCCC